AUGAGGUGGCCAUCACUAUUGCUGGCUCUCCUCGCCGGAUUGGCUGUGGCCACCGCGGACACUACCUCCGAUUCUUCGACCAGCACCACCAGUACUUCGGAUUCAUCGACGAGCAUUGACCUGUCGACUGCAUCCACGGUGACGGACCCUAGCACCGUGGCCGUCCCGUCCGGCGACUAUAUCACCUAUAGCACCACAAUCACCCUCGACAAUGGCAACUCCUCCGUCCUGGUAUCCACGACGGCCGCGGCCAACGCGACGGCCACCACCACGGGGAACCAGACCAUCGUGACCACCACUUCCGACUCGCUGACCAUCCUGGUCGGUGGUGGCGGCACAACAACUCUUGGGAACGGAACCAUGCACAAUGCGACAGCCACCGCCUCGUCCACAUCCACCCAGACACCCGUCGUCAAUACUCGCCCGUGCAAUAACUAUGCCGAGUUUUGCGGGCGUAAUUACUCCAACAUCACCAUGGUUGCGGCCCACAACAGCCCGUUCGUGCGCGCAGGCAAUGCCGCCGCCAACCAAGCAUUGGAUGUGACAGCCCAGCUCGACGAUGGCGUUCGCAUGCUCCAAUUUCAAGUUCACUACCAAAAUGGCACCAUGAUGCUUUGCCACACCUCCUGCAGCAUUCUCAACGUCGGCACCCUCGAGGCCUACCUCAUCAGUGUCGCCCAAUGGAUGCGCAAGAAUCCCUACGACGUGGUCACCCUGCUCAUCGGUAACUACGACUACGUCUCACCGGAGAAUUUCACGGCGCCGAUCCAGGCCUCCGGACUGUACGACCUUGCGUACACGCCCUCUAAAAUCCCCAUGGGCCUGGACGACUGGCCGACGCUGUCGGAGAUGAUUCUCACCGGCAAGCGUGCCGUCUUCUUCAUGGACUACCAGGCAAACCAAACCGCGGUGCCGUGGCUGAUGGACGAGUUCUCGCAGAUGUGGGAGACGCCUUUCUCGCCGACGGAUGCGAACUUCCCCUGCACGGAGCAACGCCCUCCUAAUCUGUCGCAGCAGGAUGCAAAGAGUCGCAUGUAUAUGGCAAACCAUAAUCUCAACCUGGAGCUUAACCUGGGUUCUUUGAGCCUGCUGAUUCCCAAUACUGCCACGAUCAGCCAGACCAACGCCGUCAACGGCAAUGGGAGUCUGGGGUGGAUGGCAAACAACUGCACCCGCGACUGGAAUCGCCCGCCCAACUUCCUGCUGGUUGACUACUACAAUUACGGUAACUUCAACGGCUCCGUCUUCGAAGUCGCUGCCGAAAUGAACAACGUCACGUACAGCCGCACCUGCUGCGGCGUAGCGUCCGCCGCCUUGCCGGGCAUGGUGGCAUCCAGCGUCUCAACGAUGCUGGUGAUCGCAACCGGUGUACAACUCCUCCUGUCUGCAUUCUGA